AUGUUCGCCUCUAGACGCCUUUUGAACGCCGUGACCAAGAAGUCCACCGGCAUCUACGGUUUGCCCGUCCACCCCAACCCCCGCCCCCAGCUCAUCAGCCUCUACAACGAUACCCUCAAGACCCUUGAACAAAUCCCCACCCACGCCGUCUACCGCCAGGCCACCGCUGCCUUGACCAACCACCGCCUGAGCAUCGUCAAGGAAACUGAGGAUAUCGCCAAGAUUGAGCAGACUUUGGAAGCUGGCCAGAUCGAGGAGGUUGUUGUCCAGGCCGUCGAGGAGCUCAAGCUCGCCGGAAAGAUGCUCGAGUGGAAGCCCUGGGAGCCAUUGGAGACCCCUGCACCAAAAGAUCAGUGGACCUACAAGUACAACGACCACAACUAA